UCAAGCGGCCUGGACUCACGCGGCAGUUGUGUUCGACCGCAGUUGUCUCGCGGUCUCCUGCGCGCCUGGUGCUCUCGCCCUCCUGGGCCUCCCGCCGCGACAUGUGCCAUCGAGUGACACGCGCCUGAACGCACACGCCCCUUGUUACUUUAGUUGUUGAGUGUUGAGUUAUUUUAUUCCCAGUACUUCUUCCACUUCGUGUUUUGACGUCAGUAUUGUUAUGACGCGUGCUUCGACAUUGUAAAAUACCAAGCAGAAGAGAUUGGAGGUUCAACAGCCGAGGGAUAUUCCCGGUUUCUUUGUAUGAGAAGAUCGUGAGCGCUCACCCGCCGCCAUGAGCCCCGUGCUGGACGAGGGCGCGCUGACGCCCGUGCUGCGCGACGCGCGCUCCGUGCGGCCCUUCCGCUCGUCCGAGGACUACCUGCUGGCCAUGAAGGAGGACCUGGCCGAGUGGCUCAACGUGCUCUACCCGGAGCUCGACGUCUCUGCCGACUUCUUCAUGGAGCACCUGGAGACGGGCGUCGCGCUCUGCAAGCACGCCAACGCGGUGCUGGAGGCCGCGGAGACGCUGCGCUCGGAGCGCGCAGACUGGCUGGAGAGCCACCCCAACUCGACGCAGGCGCACCUGGUGGCGGCGGUGGCGGCGCACGGGCCGGUCAACUACCACGUGCAGUCGGCGCGCCCGGGCACCUUCUUCGCGCGCGACAACGUCUCCAACUUCAUCACGUGGGCGCGGCGCGCGCUCAACCUGGAGCGAGAGAUCGACCGGGAGAUCGCGGCGGAGCAGCGCGGCCGCCAGGGCAGCGGCAGCGGCGACGACGACGCCGCUGACGACGAUGACGACGACGAGCUGCUGCUUCCCGCGGGCCCGCAGCCGCAGCUCGUCACCAACGACCUCAAGUCGCUGCACGAG